ACGUAGUGGGGACGUUCACGCCACGUCAUCUUCGCUAAUGUUCCCGUGGUGUUCGCUCUGUGGACUCGCCGAGACGAAUUGACUUGUUUGUUUGGCGUGGAACCGCUGAUAGUGUGCCAGUUACUGGUACAUUCGCCACUCAGUGUAAAUGUGCCAGUAAAGGGUUGCCUGUCUGUGACUCCGAAGUCAGCUAGCUGGGCUCGCCUCCUGAACAACGAGAUAAGAAAAUGUCUGUCGUGAGGUCUUUACACGGAAGUUACACUCACAGGACACAACAUUAGGUACACUUGCGCUAUCAUGACAAGAGCUGUAUCACAAAUGGUUCCGCUCUUAUAUAUUGAUUUCGUCAUAUGGAAAUAUGCGUCUGGAGUGUUAAAACGUGUGCUGGUGUCUGCAGCAGGAUGAUCUACAUCAUCAUGGGAGUGUCGGGUUGUGGGAAGAGCUCUUUGGGGGCCUUCCUGUCAGAAAAGCUGGGGUGGCCGCUGCACGAAGGCGACAGCUUCCACCCUGAGGAGAACGUGGCCAAGAUGGCUCGUGGCGAAGCGCUCACCGACCGGGAUAGAUUUCCUUGGCUUCUGAGACUACAUGACGUCAUUGAAAGAGAAAGACGUUCCAGCUCUGAUGCGCUGGUGGCCUGCUCCGCCCUCAAACGCCUCUACAGACUCAUCCUUCUCCACGGCUCUAAAGCUCUCCCAUUCUCCACCGCCUCCCCCCCACUUCCUCACUCCCUUCCCGGUGUCUUCUUUCUCUUCCUGCACGGAGACUGCGAGGUCAUCCGCCAGAGGAUGGUGGCCCGCAAGGGACAUUUCAUGACGGCAGACCUUCUGGAUUCCCAGUUUGAAGUCCUGGAGGUCCCUGUGGAGGAUCAGGAGGAGAAUGUUGUACGUCUGGAUGUGAGCAGGAGCAUCCCUGACGUCGCCGCGGAGGUGGAGAAGCACCUCAGCAGCUUCACGUCUCCAAAGUGAAGAUUGAAGAUCCUUCAAAAUUCAUCUCACUAAUUGUAGCUGUGACUUGUACCUUGUGUAGUCUUUGAGAUUUUUCAUUUUUUGUUUUAAUUCAGACACACACUUCUGACAAACCUCCACUGCACAACCAUGUCCUGCCUUUUGACUUGUGUUCAAAAGUCAUUCCAAAAAAAAGGGGAGAAAAAAAAAAAAAAGAAAAAGUAUGGCCACACUUAUACCUCACCCGCCCAGAUCCCUGGAGACACACACACACACACUCAACAGUUUGUCAAGUAGCUCACACGCACACAUAUUAUGUGAUGUUUGAAAUAUAUAUAUAUUUUUUUUUUUAAAACCACAAAUAAAUUGAAAUCAAACAAA